UUUAUGAAAAGCUUCUGAUGACCUUGAUGACAGAAAAAUGGGGAACGACACAUUUUGUGAACUUUUAACCUGAAUUUUAUCAACAAAUAAAGUGUCAAAACGACACUAGCACGUGAUCUGAAUCUGUAAAGGGGUAUAGAUGCCAUAUGAGGCUACCACUACGAAUGAGCGUAGAUCGAAGUCUACGUCGUCUCAGGGACUUGAGGUCCAUCCUGCGGGUGGGGGAUGGUCAAGUUCUGAGGAUUGAACCGUGCCGAUUAUGCUCAAAGACAACUGAAGGUUCUAACUCUGUUAGCAUUGGUGGUGUCAGCAUCAAGAUCUCAACACCAAAGAAUCCAGAAUAUGUGCCAAAACACUAUUUGCCUGAGAAACUACCACAAUCAGUUUUAAGGAAUUUAAAAUGGAUCAUGCAGAAGGAUUUGUUAGGACAGGAUGUGUUUCUAAUAGGAGCUCCUGGGCCGUUAAGAAGACAAUUAGCUAUGAUGUAUUUGGAGCUAACACGGAGGGAGGGCGAGUAUAUCUCACUGUCAAGGGACACAACUGAGGCUGAUUUAAAACAGAGGAGAGAAAUACGUGCUGGUAGUGCAUUCUAUCUAGAUCAGUCUGCAGUUCGGGCAGCCAUCAAUGGUCACAUACUUAUACUGGAGGGUAUAGAGAAGGCAGAGAGGAAUGUUUUACCUAUACUUAAUAAUCUGUUAGAAAAUCGGGAAAUGCAGCUGGAAGAUGGACGAUUCCUAGUGGCGUCCGACAGAUAUGACAAACUUCUACAGGAACAUUCUAGAGAAGAAUUAGACGAGUUAAAACUUGUUAGAGUAGAUGAAAGGUUUAGAGUUAUUGCCCUUGGACUACCAGUACCUCGUUACCAAGGCAAUCCUCUAGAUCCCCCUCUAAGAUCAAGGUUUCAGGCACGUGAUGUAAAUCAGCUUCCAUUUAAUGAAGAAUUGGAAUUAUUACAAGAAUCUGCCCCCAAUGUGAAAUCUGAUAGAUUGACAAAGAUGUUGAUGUUUGCUUCAACGAUGGUGUCCAAAGAAUCAACCUCUCUCGGUCUCCCUGAUUUUCCUGUAUCCAAUUUACAUGAUUUAGCUAAAGUUCUGGAUGUGAUGCCAGAAACCAGUCUACAUUCUUUAAUACAGAGAUUAUAUCCAUAUAAUGUUAUGAUGGGUAAAGAAGGCCAGACUGCUGUCACUGAUGCUUUAGCUAAAUUUGAUAUACCUACCUCUAAAGUUGAACAGAGUAAUCUUGUGUCAGUGGAGAGAUUGAAAGAAGGGACCAAUGUUUCUCUGAAAACUGGGAGAAAUACUCAUAGUUUUGAGGUAGAAUCAGGUAGGAUGGAGGGAGGACAAUCUGGUGGUGACAAGUUUAUACAGACAAGUUAUCAUGAUGGUUUCCUGGCUGACAUGUUACAAUCUCAUCUUGUUAAAGAUUUCUGUGUGAUAGGGGACAGGGGAUGUGGUAAAACAGCAGUUGUUAAAAGAUUUGCGAACUUGCUAGGAUAUCAUAUAGAACCUAUAAUGUUAUAUCAGGAUAUGACAUCACGUGAUCUGUUACAACAGAGGACUACAUUAGCCAAUGGUGAUACAGCAUGGAGGUUGUCUCCCCUGGUUACUGCGGCACUAGAGGGCAGUCUUGCUGUGCUGGAUGGGGUACACAGAAUUAAUGCUGGAUCAUUCUCAGUCUUACAGAGAUUAAUACAUGAGAGAGAAUUACAGUUAUUUGAUGGUACACGACUGGUCGGCAAGGAAAGAUAUGAUGCCAUUAAAUCUGAAAAUAACCUCACAGAUGCCGAUAUGACUGAUAGGAAUAUUCUAUGUAAACAUCCAGGAUUUAGAAUCUUGCUCUGCGGGACCGCCAUUGUUGUAGCAGUAAACCAGCAGUGGCUCGUCCGGAAAUGCGCAGGACACCAUUUAUUUAUUUUGAGAUGUUAUAUUUUUCAGGUACCACAUUGUCCAGAUCUGUCCAAACUAUUACAAUUUUCACAUACACUGAGAAACUCCAAAGAUCCUACAGUAUCUUCUAUAGCAUCAUCUCUAUCUACUAGACAACUGAUCCGUGUCGCCAAACGUUUGGCUAAAUUCCCGUCUGAAGAUUUGUACGGUGUUAUACAGAAGGCUUGUUUGGCCAGGUUUUUACCUCGUCUUCCCAAGUCAGCGUUAGAACAAGCUCUAGAAGAAUCUGGAAUUAUCAAAGUUACUUCAGAUAAUCAUUCUAUAGAUGGGAUAGAGAAAUCUAUAACAUGUGAAAUAAAGGAUAACAUAUUAAGGAUAGGGAAUACAGAAGUAGAUGUUUAUGAUCCUGGUAAUAAAACAAAAGUUCCUGAUGUACUGUUUUAUGAGAAUGCACAGCAUUUAUCAGUGAUGGAAGAUAUGUUGAAGGAUUUUAUACUAGGAGAACAGCUAUUGUUAGUUGGUAACCAAGGUGUUGGUAAGAACAAGAUUGUUGAUAGAUUUCUACAUCUCCUGAACAGACCCCGGGAAUAUAUACAACUACAUAGAGAUACAACUGUACAAACAUUAACUUUACAACCUACAGUACAAGAUGGUGUCAUAAUAUACGAGGAUUCUCCUCUUGUCAGGGCAGUGAAAGUAGGUCAUGUGUUAGUUGUUGAUGAGGCAGACAAGGCCCCGACUAAUGUGACAUGCAUACUUAAAACACUGGUAGAAAGUGGGGAGAUGCAUUUAGCUGAUGGUCGGAGAAUUGUAGCAGCAAACUCUGGUAUCAUACCCACCCAGCAGGUAAUUGUCUCUCAUCCAGAUUUUAGAAUGAUUGUGCUUGCUAACAGACCAGGAUUCCCUUUCCUGGGAAAUGAUUUCUUCGGUGCUAUGGGUGAUAUAUUUAGUUGUCAUGCAAUAGACAAUCCAGACAAAGCGUCAGAGAUGUCCAUGUUACGUCAGUAUGGUCCUGAUGUGCCUGAAAAUAUCCUUGAGAAACUUGUCUUGUCAUUUGGAGAGUUGAGAGAUAUGGCAGAUCAGGGUUUAAUAGCGUACCCUUACUCUACUAGAGAGGUGGUUAACAUGGUGAAACAUCUACAGAAAUACCCAAAUGAAGGUCUUACAUCAGUUAUAAAGAAUGUGUUUGACUUUGACUCAUACAACCAGGAGUUACAGGAAGUGUUGAUAACCACCAUGCAGAAACAUGGUAUACCACUUGGUGCCAGUGCGGACAGUGUACAACUUGCCAAGGAGUAUCCACUGCCUGACUUUGAGUUGGCUGGUCAGUGGAAUAUCCAGCGUCAGACUGGUAGACGUAGAACAGGUGUAAUGGCCUUACCUGUACAGACAAGGAAAUUUGGACUUAAAGGUCCAGUGACAGUGCGUGUAGAGACCAUGCCUAUUGAUAGAACAGAAGCUCGAUCUAACAGAUUUACUGAACAAGAAGCUUUCUGGAAUGUCCCUUUACAUGAAACAAACAUUAUCUGUGAUAUUGCUGUAACAAAAGCCAGUGACAGAAGUCCGGGCCACACUGCAGCAGACAUUAUACAUAUAGGUACAGCAAACCCUGUUGGACUGUACUCAAUGAACCCACGUACAAUGACGGCAAACUUUCUCGACAUGUACGAUGUUUUCCCAAUGAUUAGCGGUUCUUACAGACCAUAUGUUAAAUUAUACCCACUGGGAACCCCUCUAGAUGAUAAUAUCAUUCUACAUGAAGAAGUUACAAACACUAUACUGAAUAUAAACUACGAGACCGGUGAGAUUUCACGUGUAGUGAUUGACAGUUUACCUCAGACCGCCCCGGAGAGAGGCAGAUUUGUGUCGGCCGCGGCAACCAAGUCUAGUCCGUACAGAUUGUGUACGAAUUGUGUUCCUGAUCCCUAUGGUACUGUUGUGUUCUAUGAGAAAAAUGGAGAUUUUCUAGAGUUUGUCAGUGUAUUAGAGGGUUUAUCACACAACGUGUCACUACCAACACACGUUAAUGAUGUUCAUCAGACAGGCACUAACCAAUGGUUACUGACAGAAGAUAAAACUUUCAAGAAAUACUUGUUAAUUAGAGAUGGAAUUGAAGAGUUUAAGUUGAACGCCAUCAUAGAAGAAGAUGGUGCUAGCAGUAUGUAUAUACAGAAAUGUUCAACCGUACCCAUGUCUGAUAAUGUACUGUCUGCUACCAUGGGGGAGAAAAUGUCAUCACCUAACAGAGUGAUGGUUUCUCCAGAUUCCUAUGGUAGUGUAUUGAAAGGAUUUCCAGAUCUGGUAGGUUCAUUUUUAGCUCGACUUUUCUAUGAAAAGGGGAGCUAUCCUACUCGCCCCGGCGUCGGCGUCGGCGUUAGCGUUAGCGUUAGCGUUGGCGUCACACCUUGGUUAAGUUUUUCGUACCACCCCACUUUAUUUCAGAAGUAUUACAAGUAUGGCUUUGAAACUUACCAUACUUGUUCACCAUCAACUAAGGCUGAGAUUUAUAAAAGCCCAAGGGAACCAUUCAAGGAUGAGCAGCCAGUGUCGGGAGAUAAGUUACUUGGAUUUACAUUAAAACAAGAUAAACAAAGUCCGGCACCGUCUGUUGUAUAUCUGCCGGGAUGUGGACAAGUUGUUAGAACCAUUCCUACAUGGAAAGCUCCUGAAGGUGUUUUCCCUAAAGAUAAGCGCCCCCAUGUUAGUGGCCUUCUAGAAGUGUCAGAUUUAGCUCAUCAUAAACUUCGUUACAUCAUGGUGCCUGGAGCAACAAGACAGUCUCCCUAUGCCUCCUGGUUAUUUAACAUUUCUGACACAAGUUUACUGAUGGCUGGAACCAGUAAUGAUGGUAUAGUUACAGUGGAUGUUGGUGGUUGUGUACGAUUGUGGGAAACUUCAGUUCUUAACCUUGAAAGGUCAAUUGCUGAAUGGAAGAAUAUGAUUGGCUGGCAGGAUACCAGACCUUUACAGGUAACAUAUGAUAGAGAUAGUGGCCGUACAGCUGAUGAUCCUAAACAUGGUAAAGUUGACUCAAAAAAUGAACCUCAUGUAGGUGGAAAUACCUGGGCAGGUGGCACUGGUGGUAGUAAUACAGCUGGGUUAGGUGGUAUCGGUGGACCGUACAGAUUAGACGCCGGACAUAAUGUGGCUCAAGUUGCCCAGUGGGAGAAAGACAACGUACCAGAACAUGUUCGUAAAGCUGCCAGAGAAAUGGGACAAAAAGCUUUUAAAGAAAGAUUAAAGGAAAUACAGAUGAGUGAGUAUGAUGCCGAGACGUAUGAGAAUUUUGCUGGUCAUGUGAGAAGACAGGUUCAGUCACUCCGAGUGAUCAUAGACAGUCUACAGGCAAAGAGUAAAGAGCGUCAGUGGUUGAAAAACCAGACAUACGGUGAUUUAGAUGAUGCUAAACUAAUUGAUGGUCUGACAGGGGAGAAAACUGUGUAUAAACGACGAGGUGAAAAAGAACCAGAGAUGGGUGCUAAGCAAGAAUUACCUAAGAAGUUACGAUUAUUGGUAGAUGUAUCAGGUAGUAUGUACAGAUUUAACGGACAUGAUGGUAGACUAGAGAGAGAGAUGGAAACAGUCAUUAUGUCGAUGGAGGCUCUAGAAGGAUAUGAGGACAAAAUAAAGUUUGAUAUAGUGGGUCAUUCUGGUGAAGAUCAUAAAGUAGAACUCACUAGUUUUGAUAAACCACCAAAAAAUAACAAAGAAAGAUUAAAGGUUGUCAAGACAAUGCACGCUCACUCUCAGUUCUGUAUGAGUGGAGACACAACUCUAGAAGCUACACGUCAUGCUGUCAAUACUUUAGCAAGAGAAGAAGCGGAUGAAAGAUUCCUCAUUAUUUUAAGUGAUGCUAACUUUGAUCGAUACGGUAUCUCACCAGCUAGGUUUGGUCAGAUUUUACGAAGUGAUGAGAAAGUGAAUGCGUAUGCUAUAUUUAUAGGAUCACUGGGUGAUCAAGCUGUCAGAUUACACAAACAGCUACCAAUGGGUCAUGCAUUUAUCUGUCUGGACACGAAAAACUUGCCUCAAAUAUUACAACAGAUCUUCACUUCUACUAUGCUCUCAAAAUAAUACUAUAAUUUUAGUAUGGAAAUCAAAACGAAAAAAUAUAGAAGCAUAUGUUAGAAUAAGAGAAGAAGAAAAUACAUUGAUUGAAUAUGCAAACUAAAGUUUAACUUAUUUUAUGCAAAAUCAUGUGAGGGAAAUAAAUUAUCAAGGUGUAUUUAGAAUAUAUUUGUUGUUGUAAAAUGUGGAUAAUUAUGAAACAUUUGUACUGUAGGGUGAAGUUAGCUCAAAACUGAAAUUACUAAUUACAGAACAAACGUUGCUUUAAUUGACAGCUUAUAUGAUAUGAAUUGUUUUUAUAUGUUUUAUUAUGCAUUUGCUAUAUUUAAAAAUGAAGCAAAAUAGAAAUAACUUUAUUUACUAAGUUAAUGUCUUUAAAUCAUUACAGUGAUAACUUGUUUAACAAUUUUACAGUUUUUUUUCUUCCAACAAGCAGAUAUGCAACGAAAUACUAAUAUUUUUUUAUUGAACAUGAAAGACAACAUUUUAUUUGAAUACGUAGGAAUUAUUUGAUUUUAUUACAUGCUUUUCGGUGGUUAAUAGAAAUAUAUCAGUGAAAUAAAAAACUGAUAAUUUCACUGUUUCGUCAG